AGCUACUCCACCCGAGCGGCGGCUUGACCGCCCGCCACCCCAUUGACCGCCGCCGCCGCCGCCGCAUUAUUCGCCUCGCCGCCGACCGGAACCCAUCUUGCCGGCCUUCGCCACCUCGGUCUCGGUACCCGCGCGCGGAAAUGGAGCUCGGCCUCGCCUCCUCCCGCGGCCCGGCCGGCCCCUCGCUCGCCGUCGCCGGGCGGCGGCCGCGGUCCUCGCUCUCGCCGCCGCUGCCCCGUCCCCUUUCGCUUCAGGUACAGACUCGCGGUUACUCGAUGCCUACUCUCCACUACAAGGACCAUACCACAGUAGGAUGCCAGGCUUCUGUAGCAACUAAAUACAUGGAAACAGAUGAUACAGUCGAUCUGGACUGGGAAAACCUUGGCUUUGGCCUUGUCGAUACCGACUUUAUGUACAUGGCCAAAUGCGGGCCAGAUGGAAACUUUUCCAAAGGAGAAAUCCUGCCUUUUGGACCCAUAGCACUAAGCCCCUCUGCUGGAGUCUUAAAUUAUGGACAGGGACUGUUUGAAGGCCUAAAAGCAUAUAGGAAAACUGAUGGGUCUGUCCUAUUGUUCCGUCCGGAGGAGAAUGCCAUUAGGAUGAAAAAUGGUUCAGAUAGGAUGUGCAUGCCUGCACCAAGUGUUGAGCAAUUUGUGGAUGCAGUGAAGCAAACUGUUCUGGCAAAUAAAAGAUGGGUGCCUCCUACCGGUAAAGGUUCCUUGUAUAUCAGGCCACUACUUAUUGGAAGCGGGGCUAUUCUUGGUCUUGCACCUGCUCCUGAGUACACCUUCCUUAUUUAUGUCUCCCCUGUUGGAAAUUAUUUCAAGGAAGGUUUAGCUCCUAUUAACUUGAUUAUUGAAGAUAACUUUCACCGUGCGGCCCCUGGUGGAACUGGAGGCGUGAAAACCAUUGGAAACUAUGCCUCGGUGUUGAAAGCACAGAGAACUGCAAAGGACAAAGGAUAUUCUGAUGUCCUCUAUUUGGAUGCCGUUCACAACAAAUAUCUGGAAGAAGUUUCUUCAUGCAAUAUUUUCGUUGUGAAAGGCAAUGCUAUUUCCACUCCAGCAAUAGAAGGAACGAUAUUGCCUGGUAUCACAAGGAAAAGUAUCAUCGAAGUUGCCGAGAGCAAAGGCUACAAGGUGGAGGAACGCCAUGUGUCCGUAGACGAACUGCUUGAUGCAGACGAAGUUUUCUGCACAGGAACUGCUGUUGUGGUUUCACCCGUGGGGAGCAUUACCUAUAAGGGGAAAAGGGUAGAAUACGAUGGCAACCAAGGAGUCGGCGUGGUGUCACAGCAGCUUUACACCUCGCUGACGAGCCUCCAGAUGGGCCACACAGAGGAUCGGAUGGGCUGGACCGUUCAACUGAAUUAAGUAUCAUGUCACCGAUCUUGGCUCGACAGAUUUCCAGAACACUGCUAUGGCAGAUGAAUUAAACUCUUCAACUGGGACCUAGGGGAAGCUAAUGUGCAAUUCUCUUGUUUACCAUCGAAUAGGAUCUUGGGAAAAAUGGUCAAUUGGGCUGAGCAGCUAGAAAGAGUUCCUGAACAUGGCACACGAAUAUGUGUUUAUCAUCUCAUUUUUUUUUCAGAAUAAUAAACGUUGCUCCAAAUGUAUCAAGUGAUGUAAAACAGAGAAAUUUCUCUUUAAAAAAAAAUGUAGCUGUUGCCAAUCUGUUUUCUGUUGAUGAUGCUGA